UAGUUGGAAUUAGAAACUUUCCCCAAACUAUGUCAAUUUGUGAGCAAGUUAACGUGUCAUGCAAAAUUGCUUUACAUCUUUACACCGCUCUGUUAUCUUCAAUUCUUCAUCCCGUUUCUCCGACGAUCUCUAUCCCAUUCUCUCUCUUGCUUGUUCAGUUGUAUACAAGUUUGAGCACAGAAAAUGGCGGAACGUUACUUCAAAAAUGAAAUGCCGGAUUACAUUCCAGAAACAUCAACAACACUAACAACUGCAACAACUACUGGAAAUACGCUUCUUACGCUCCUUUCCAUGGAUUACAACGCACUUGCUUCUUUAAUGGAGAGACAAGCUUUAGACAUCAAAGAAACUGUUGUUGUAGAAACAUGGGGAAGAAGUGGGCAGAAUGUAGUGGAUUUUACCCUCUAUGUUGGUGAUCUUGGAACUGCUUUUUUGUUGUUUAAAUCUUACAAAGUUACCAAUAACAUCCAUGAUCUUACUCUUUGUCAUGAGAUUGUUAAGGCUUGUGAUCAUGCUUCUUCUCAUUCAAGGGAUGUGACAUUUAUCUGUGGCCGCGCUGGAGUAUGUGCACUUGGAGCGGUGGUAGCUAAGCAUAUGGGAAAUGAGCAGUUGCUUAACUACUAUUUAACACAGUUUAAGCAGAUCAAUCUACCCAAGGAUCUUCCAGAUGAGUUAUUGUAUGGUCGUGCUGGGUUCCUUUGGGCUUGUUUAUUCAUCAACAAACAUGUUGGCGAUGGGACUAUUCCUCCUAUGAUCAUGAGAUCUGUCAUUACUGACAUUAUAGAGGACGGACGAAGAAUGCCCAACAAGGGGAAGUGGCCACUCAUGUUUCAAUGGUAUGGGGAGAAGUGUUGGGGUGCUGCCCAUGGACUGGCUGGUAUAAUGCAUGUUUUGAUGGAAACAGAUUUGAAGCCGGAUGAACGUGAAGAUGUCAAGAAUACACUUUUAUCUAUGAUCCAGAACCGGUUUCCUAGUGGUAAUUAUCCAGCAAGUGGGGAAGAUUCCAGACGGGAUCUUCUUGUACAUUGGUGUCAUGGAGCUCCUGGUGUUGCCCUCACACUUAUUAAGGCGUAUGAGGUACUUGGGGAUAAGGUGUUCCUGGAGGCAGCUGCAGAAGCAGCAGAGGUGGUUUGGAGACGUGGAUUGCUCAAGCGGGUCGGAAUUUGCCAUGGAAUCAGUGGAAAUACAUACGUUUUCCUCUCUCUCUACCGGGUGACUAGAAAUCCGAGUUACUUGUAUAGAGCCAAAGCUUUCGCUUCCUUCCUUCUUGACAAUGCCCAUAAGCUUAUAGCUGCUGGGGAGAUGCAUGGUGGUGACAAUCCCUACUCUCUGUUUGAAGGCAUUGGGGGUAUGGCUUACCUGUUUCUAGACAUGAAAGAACCAACUUCUGCUAGGUUCCCAGCGUAUGAACUCUAGACUUUUGGUGCCAGAGAAUUUGAGUCUUUCCUCUUGUUUCACUUGGUUUCAGAACAUGUAUAAUGUGUGUCAUAACUUUCAUCCUACGGAAUCGUAAAUUUCUGUUUUUUUUUUUUCUUGUGUGAGAAACCACUAUCACUAUGUCAUCUGUAUUGUAUAUAGCUCUCUUGAAUUUAAUAAUCUCCAGAGUUGCAUUUUACAGUAAAUCCCCUCUCUUUCCGAAUUCACUUGAACAAUGCAGUUAACUUAGGAUAAUUCAGGGUAUGUACCUUUCAUGUAUAAGUUUAAAACAUAGUAUAUAAGCCUUUAUUUCCAAAGAAGCUUUCACAGAUCAGAUCACACAACUUAACUGAAGCCUUGUCAUCUGAUCAAGUCCUUCAAGGUAACUAACUACUUUAACUCAACAUGAUUGUUAUGAAAAGAAGAAUCAUUGUAUCUGUUACUUAGCACAGCAUCAUGAUAUUCUACUGAACAGUGUGCUUGUUGAGGAAGGAUAUGAUGAGUUGAUUAACCUCCUCGGGCAACUGUUCUUGAACGAAAUGGUUUCCUUCAGGCAUGAAGACAGUCUCCAGGUUAGGCACCAUUUUCUUGAUUGCUCCACUCCUUAUCGUUUCUUCCAUGCCUGGAAAUUUUAUAACAUAAUCCUUUUCACCCAUAAUAAACAAUGCUGGAGCUUCAACUAGUGGAUCUUGAACAUCAAUAGUUUGAUUCAUGCUCCUACAUUCAAAAACAAGCUAAUAUGAUGCUUUUGAAAAGCAAUAGAGAAAAAAAGCUCCAGCCUUGUCAGUUUAUUCUCUUGAUAUUGUGUUAUUGAUUUUAUAUGCUUUAGACAAGUUUACUAACUGGUAUUUUUACCUGUAUGGAACUUGCAGUGCUGUACGAAAUCCAGAUUUCUCAUACAAACUUGCAUAGGUGGAGAGGUCUUGUUCAGACAGCCACGGGGGUAUCGGAGUGUUUGGAGCAACUAGAUCCAUUAUUUCCUGAUCAUCGCUGGCUAUUGGAAGCUCGCUUCCUGAAAAUAGUAUGUACACAUUUUUUAUCACAGUCCUAACAUCAAA